AGACGGGAGCUUUGUGUCAGGGAUCUUUCGCGGCGAGCCUCCCGUUGGGUGAGCGAAGACUUGGCGCAGGCUCUGGAGGGAUUCGGCCAUGUGAUUGGCUCCCACACAGUGUGUCGAGUGGUGUGCGUUUGGAAGUUGGGGGGGGCAUGUGAGGUCUUGCGUAGCCCCCCCCAGAGACCCCCCGUCAUUCUCAAGCGAUUCAUGCUCGUGCUCGAGCCAAUUUUUCUUCUUUUCCACUUCGCUCCAUCUCCGCCCUCCAUCCACCCAUCUCCUCUCCAUCAGCUGGAGCUUUUCUCCAUCUCUUUUUCCCCAGGCCUGUCAUCGCCACUCUCUCCCCUCCACAUUUGCGCAUCAUCGUUCACCACCCCCCCAUCCAUCGUGCCCGUACCUACUUUUUCAUCGCGUCUCUCCCCACGCGCGCCUCGUUUUUUUGUUUGUAGCCUGCCCGCAUCGCCCGCCCACCCAGUCACCCCGAAAGCUACCAGGUGCUGGGAGGAAUUGGUUCUGGGCGCAUUUAUUUACACUUCAGCCAGCCAGAAGGACACCACCGGGCACCAGGCCAGGUCAACCCCACCCGCUGGACGGAGCCUUCCCUUUGACACACAGGCACAAGACCUCCGUAUCACUCCACGCUCCGAGAGCUUCCUCCCUCCUCUUGCUCGUUCAUCUCAACUCUCUCUUUCUCUCUCUGUCUGAAUAGCUUUCACCUUGGCACGCGACUGGUCGUUCAUCAGCGACAAUGACUGAGGUAUCGGCUACUCGUCUUUACCUGGGCAAUCUGCCUCGGAAUGCUACCAAAGCCGAUAUCGAAGCUCACUUCUCCACCCAUGGCACCGGUGACAUUGCUGAGAUCAAGCUCAUGAACGGCUUCGGCUUCAUUGAGUACAAGGAUCCCAUGGAUGCACGCGAUGUUGUUCCAGCAUUCCGUAUGUUCACCAUCACCCCUCCCACUGACCCUCGUACUGCUGUGGCUAACGACGAUAAUGUGCAAGAUGGCUCGACCUUCCUUGGCGAGCGCUUGACUGUCCAGUUCGCCCGUGGUAACCGACACCGCGAAAACAAUGGCGGCGGCGGCGGCGGCGGCGGAUUCAACAACGACCGCAGCAGUGCCCCCCGGCCGCGCCGCACACCGCACCGCUUGCAGAUUUCGGGACUUCCCCCAGACACCAGCUGGCAGGUCUGUUACCUCUCUCCUGCUCCCCCUUUGGACACAUUUGGACCGGGCCGAAAAUUCUGGCCAUGA